CCAUGAAGGAAUUGAUAAAUAUAAAUGUUAUUCAGUUUUUCGUCUAUUCGUCAAUAAGUUAUCAAAUAUCACCGUUUACUUUAUUUCUAACCUAUAAAGUGUCCUGUACGCUCAAUACAGUGAUUAUUCGUAUCGUUUUGUAUUUUCAAAACGCAUUUCACGUGUUUCGGGUUUGUUGUGAUUGGUGCAAUACACUUUCUAAGAUGGAUGAUCAUUUUGGUUGGAUUGUUGUGGAAUUUUGUGACGAUGAAAAUGUUGAAGUAGUGUCGAACUUUUGGUUGAAAAAUAAUUCUUGUGCUUGGCCUAAAGCUUCUAAGCAAGCAAAGAAAUAUAUCCAAAAAAGAAUUAAGCCAAAUAUGAAUGACUUCAUAUUUUACAAAUCCAGACUAAUUGGAAAUAAAGUGUAUAAUUCAUAUAAUGAAGCGAAAAGAAAAUUGCCAUUGGCAAUUCAUAAAUCUGAUUUAUCAAGUGCUGAUGACAUCAUUGGUGGGAUAACAAAAAGAAAAAGGAAAUGCCCUUAUGAGUAUAGAGGCCAAAGUUUGUCUCCCACUUUAAUUAUGAAAUCAAAAAAAUUGAAAGUCAACAAUUAUGUUUCUCAAUCAGCUCAUUCAAACAAAGAAAUAAAUAAUUUUGAAUCUUCUGAUAAUUCCAAUGAUGCCUCUUAUGACUCAGACAAAGAUCCUCUUUGGAAAAUUGACAAAAGCCAAAGGAACUCUGUUAUUGAUGGUAUUAAUUGUAUAACUCCUGUAAAAAAUGCCUCUGUGUUAGUUAAUAAACCUAUUGACAAUACAGAACAUAUAAUUCCAUCUCCUGUUGGAACUUGGACAGUUGAAAAAUACGAAGAUACACAAUUAUUAUAUAAAACAAGUUCUGAUCGCAGUAGUAUCAAAGUUAAAAAAGUAUUAUUUUGUGAUCAAAUUAUUGAUAACUCAGAAUCAAGUACUACAGCUGAUGUUUUGAAAUUGCCUCAAGAUACUAAUAUUUCUCAAAACCAGUCAAAUAUAUCUGAUGUAAUGGCUAAUAAAAAUACUUCAGCCAAAGAUAUCAUAAAUCUUGAUAGUAUAUUUCCUAUUAAAACUCAUGGUGAAUUAGAAUCUUUGGAAAUAAAAAUUAAGGCUGAUGAAAACUUUAAAAAUACAUUGAUUACUCAGUUAUCAGUAUUAAUUGAUAUUAAUGAUCUUGGAAAUAGUGUUCGAAGAAUUGUAUCAAGAAUGUUAAGUGAUGUUUUGCUAUCUGAAUAUUCGUUAUAUGGAUUUAAAUCAAAGCUGUGUUUCUCAAGUUUACAUUGCUAUCGAGUUAUUAUAGAUGCUAUAAGAGUAAAUGUAAAGUACAGUGUUGUUCCUGAAAAAGAAAUUGAUAAUUCGCUAGGAAUUUGGCUAUCCCAUGCACCAUUUCGUAUUAAAAAGCUUAUUUCGAAAAAAAGAAAAACUCUCCAGAAUUCUUUCUUCAAAGUAAAUAAAUUUGCAUUUUAG